AUCUGGUAACACUGCCGAGCGCUGUCAUUGGGCUCAAUUGACUGUUCUUUAGAGCGUAAUAUUUCUUUUUUAAAAAUGCUGUCAUUUGUCAAUUUUGAAUUUUCAUAAUAUGGUGGAGACCGAGGUUUAUAUGUAUACAUUUUGAAAAUCAAGUAAAUAAAGGAAUAAUUAUACGACCUAGUGAAAAAUGUCUCAUACAAACGAUUUUACAAAAUAUGAUGAUGUAUUGACAAAUAUAUUGGUGAAUGAAAAAUCUAUUCUGGGCUUCCUUUCGGCUAUAUUCAGCUUUUUAGCAAGACGGACCGACUUCUACUAUGUCACCGAGGGACCCUACGAAAACAUGGGCUUUCCGCCGGGAGUUGCGGAGGAAUUAGUCAUAAAAGUUCUCAAAACAUGUGACCCAAAGAACCGAAAGGCGCCAAAUGGCGCUCGCAAACCCUCAGACAUAAAUGACGAAAUAAUGUGCUCAACUGUUGCCCAAGAAGUGGAAGUUAUUGCAGAUAAUGAGGAUGAUAAUGAAGAAAAUGAAACACAAGUUGUCACAGAAAAUCCAAAGGAAGAAAAAGAAGCAACAGCUUCUAUAUCCAUUCCUGAGGACUAUAAACCUCCAGUGAUACCAACACAAAAGAAUAGUGAAACCUAUAAUGGUGCUCAAAGAGAUAAUUAUUGUUGGUCGCAGUCUAUCACAGAACUUGAUGUUACAAUAAAACUGCCUCCAAGUGUGAAAAGCUCUAAAGAUAUAAAGGUGUCUAUCAACCCAGGUGAUAUUUGUGUUGCUUGUAAAAACGGAGAUGUUAUAAUAAAGGAUUCAUUGCCAUUCAAAAUCAAAACUAUUGAUAGCUUCUGGAGUAUUAGCGAAGGCAAAGUUUUGAUUCAUUUAGAGAAAGUACAGGAACGAUGGUGGGAUAAAUUAUUAAAUACUGAGGUACCAAUUGAUCUCAAAAUAGAUUGUUCUCGACGUUUGGAUGAGUUACCUGAAGAUCAUAUUGCAAAGAUCAAGGAAUUGCAAUGGAAUCAAGAACAAAAAAGUAAGGGUCUACCUACAAGUGAUGACAUACGUAACAUGGAAAUUUUGAAGAAGGCAUGGAAUGCUCCAGGCUCUCCAUUUAAAGGACAAGAGUAUGAUCCUUCAUUGUUGCAACUGUCAUCACAAACAUUGGGAAAAAAGGAUUGAAAUAUAAUAGAGAUAUAACGGAAAGAUAUUUUUCUUUUGUAAAAAUAAAUGCAACAUAUUUUUCUUAUAAAAUAUUCUAGUAUAUUAUGAAUAAACUCAUUUUAUAAAUAUAAAAAAAUAUGCAUAAACUUUAGAAUAUAUAACAGUUCUGUGUAAAAAAAAAAAACAUUUUUAAAAUAAAGUCAAAAUCCAC